UUUACUCUUUACUUGGAGAGAGCGCGAAUUGAAGGAUCAGGUUUGUGUCUUUUUGACUGCGAAAUCAAUUUGGGAAUUAGGGCUCGGCCCAAAACAAAUUUUGAAAAUCAUGGGGCGGCUGUUUAUAGAGACGCUGAGUGGGCCAAGGAUCUUCAAGUGCAGGUAUUGCAAGGUGGACUCUGCGUCCCGCGACGACGUCGUUUCCAAGGAGUUUCAGGGCCGUUAUGGCAGAGCCUAUCUCUUCAGGAAUGUGGUAAAUAUAUCUCUUGGGCCGAUUGAAGAGAGGCAACUCAUUAGCGGAUUGCAUACUGUGAACGACGUGUAUUGUAGCUCUUGCCAGCAAAUUAUGGGCUGGAAAUAUGACAAGGCUUAUGAGCCAAGCCAAAAGUAUAAAGAAGGAAUGUACAUCUUAGAGAGGGAACGGAUGCUGAAGGAGGGUUGGUGAUGCUUGGACAGGAAACAUUUGCGAGAAUAGACCAAAAGCCAUCUCUUUGCAAUACUAUACACUUUCUGUAAGUAAACAGUGUUCAUCCAGAUUGCAGCUGGUGCAACUUUAGGAUAAGACCUUUUUAAUUCUGAGCACCAAACGGCAAUAAUAGUGUUCUGUUUAUUGGAUUUCUUGCUGUCUUUGAAAUAGCUUCAGUAAAUGAUUAUGGAAUUGUGUCAUGGUUUGGCAAAUGUUGUGGUUUCAUGUUAAUGUUUUAUGUGUGGAAUUGUGUCAUGGUUUGGCACAUGUUGUGGUUUCAUGUUAAUGCUUUAUGUAAAAGACACAGUAAGCGGCCGUCAUGAAAUGAUUAUGGAAUUGUGUCAUGGUUUGGCACAUGUUGUGGUUUCAUGUUAAUGCUUUCUGUAAAAGACACAGUAAGCGGCCGAUAAUCUUGAGAUGAAAUAAAGUUGAAGGCUAAAAUUCUUAUUGA